ACGCGGCGCCGGCCACCAAGGGCGCCCCCGCCGUCGUCACCACCCGCUCCGACGCCGACCACCCCGAGAAGAAGCUCAAGCUCAAGAAGUGCCUGACGACGCUGGACCUGACCUCCCUGGGAGUGGGGUCCUGCGUGGGCACCGGCAUGUACCUGGUGGCCGGCAUGGUCGCCAAGUCCGUGGCCGGGCCCGGGGUCAUCUUCUCCUUCAUCAUAGCCGCCAUCGCCUCCAUCUUCUCUGGCGCGUGCUACGCGGAGUUCGGCGUGCGGGUCCCGCACACGACGGGCUCGGCCUACAUGUACUCGUACGUGACGGUGGGCGAGCUGGUGGCGUUCGUGAUCGGCUGGAACAUGGUGCUGGAGUACCUGAUCGGCACGGCGGCCUGCGCCUGCGCGCUCUCCGCCUGCCUGGACGCCCUCGCCGGCGGCGCCGUGUCGCGGGGCGUCGCCUCCAGCGUCGGCACCAUGUUCGGUCGGCCGCCGGACUUCCUGGCGUGCCUCAUCACGCUGCUGAUGACGCUGGUGAUGGCGGCCGGCGUCAAGAAGUCGCUCAUCUUCAACAACGUGCUCAACGCCAUCAACCUGGCCGUCUGGGUGUUCAUCAUGUCGGCCGGCCUCUUCUACGUCGACGGCCGCAACUGGUCCGAGUCCAAGGGCUUCCUGCCCUUCGGCUGGUCCGGGGUGCUGACGGGGGCGGCGACCUGCUUCUACGCCUUCAUCGGCUUCGACAUCAUCGCGACGACGGGCGAGGAGGCGACCAACCCGCGGCGCUCCAUCCCGCUGGCCAUCGUCGCGUCGCUCAUCGUCAUCCUGAUCGCCUACGUCACCUCCUCCAUGAUGCUCACGCUCAUCGUGCCGUACAACAAGGUGGACGCCGACUCGGCGCUGGUCGAGAUGUUCGGCCAGGUGGGCGCCUACAAGUGUAAGUGCAUCGUGGCCGUGGGCGCGCUCGCCGGACUCACCGUCUCCAUGUUCGGCUCCAUGUUCCCCAUGCCGCGCAUCGUCUACGCCAUGGCCCAGGACGGACUCAUCUUCCGGACACUGUCUCGCGUGUGGCAGGCUACGGGAACCCCAGCCAUAGCAACCUUCAGCUCUGGGAUAGCCGCUGCGUUGGCAGCCUUGCUCAUCCAGCUUGAGGUGCUGGUCGAGAUGAUGUCCAUUGGGACGCUGCUGGCGUACACGCUGGUGUCGACGUGCGUGCUCAUCCUGCGCUACCAGCCGCACUCCACCAACCUGGUGGAGCUGCUGCCCCAGUCGCUGCGGACGCCCAUCCGCGGCUCGCCCACCAAGGAGAACCUCAGCAACGGUCAGGUGCUGUACGGAAACCAGCUGCAGCCGGACCAGCUGCGAGCGGCGCUGGGAGGCAGCGGAGGCGGCGUCGGCGGCGCCACGACUCUGGGGGCGGGCGUGGGCGUGGCGGCGCCCGGCCCGCCCCUCUCGCACCACGGCGCCCACCACCAGCGCGUCAUGGUGCGCCGCGUCACCCGCAGAUACUCCUCCCCGGACAGCGACGACACGUACCCGGGCGAGGAGCCCGAGGAAGAUUUGUCGAUGCGGGACGACCAGUUCCUGGUGUCCGACCGCAGCGAGAACAAGUUCUACGGCUCGCUGCACGGCGCCGGCGGGGGCGGCGGGGGCGGCCUGGGGCUCGGACUCGGCGGCGGCUCCGGCCUGGGGGCGGGCGUCUCCGCCCCCGGCCUCUGCUACAUCGGACGCCGCCUCCACGCAGCGACGUACCUGUGCCCGGCCAUCUUCCCCUGGGUGGAUACGGGCCCGGCCACCGAGGAGUCGGGCAUGUUCGUGAUGAAGAUGGUGGGCGUGCUGUACGUGCUCAUCCUGAUCUUGGACAUCACGGUGGCCGCCUCCGGGGGCAGCGGAGGCUCCUGGCUGGCUGCGGCCCUCUCCAUCACCGUGCUCGCCAUCAUCGGCGUGCUGCUCGCCAUCUCGAGGAAGCCCCAGAACAGGAAGACGUUGCUCUUCAUGACACCAGGCUUGCCAUUCGUGCCAGCAGUGGCUGUCACUGUCAACAUCUACCUCAUCUUCAAGCUCUCCAUCCUCACACUGGUGCGCUUCACCGUCUGGAUGGCCAUCGGCUUUGGUGUGUACUUCUACUACGGCAUCAAACAUAGCACACUGGAGGAGGAAGAACAACAGAGACUCCGUGAAGAACAAGAGGAGGAGGAGCAGCGCUCCGUGUCCGGCAUCCAGGGGGGCAUCGGCGGAGGCUCCGACACCGGGGGCGGCAUUGAGAUGUCCGUGUCGCCCGCCCGGCAGACGCCCCAGGUGCCGGUGCAGACCGCGGGCUCGGCACCAGUAGCGGCGACUGGCAGAGCCUCCGACCUGUUCGUUCCGCCGACCCAUUUUCCGACGUGGGACGAUUGAGACGGUGGCCGUCGUGGAGGCAGGACCGUAGCAGCUGGGGUUCGGGGCCCUGCUCUGACGUGCCACGGACCGAGCGAGUGGUGAAUGGCGAGUGAGGUGACCGGCAGCUGUGGCGGGCGAGACUGUGGGGGCGGUAUGACCGGUGCCCGGGUUCCCGGUGCCUGCUCGCGUAUGGGGUCAGUGACGAGAUGGACUGCGUGGAGUGUGGUGGCCGGGGAGUCUGCAGACGUCAAACGGUGCACGGAACAUCCCCGUCUGGUCUGCUGACAAACUGGCUGAAGCAGCCUGGAAAACUGUCUCGUCGUGUGAAGCAGUGAUCGGCAGUGAAUUUGACUGUCGAACGACUGCAAAUUCGCCAGUUACUUAGCUGACAUAGAGGCAAUAUGAACAGCUGUGAUGCAGCACAGAGGAUCCAUUUUCGUGUGUCAGGGGAUGGCUCUAGACUCCACUGUCCAGCUCCUUUUCUGAGGAACAUCUCGGGUUGUUGUAACUGGAGUAUUUCCUAGCAUUUACUGCUUGAUUUCAGUCAUCAAACCUUGCUGUGAUGUAAAUGUUGAGACCUUACACUCAUUCGUAAUGAAAGCUACUGACAUUCUUGUGCAACUGUGUUUUGUGUAGAGGUGUUCAGUUAUGCCCUGAUAAUUGCAGCAAUAUUAAUUUCCAGAACUUUUUGGUAAUUCAGUUGAAAGAGGUAACAGCACCAAAACUGUCCGUGCAAAACACCUCAGAGUGAGGGAAUGUGACAGUGUUGAUGGUGAUCUGACCAUCACAUUCCCACAGCCUUUCUUGAUGAGGUGACACUUCUCCCAUUGUCUCUCACUGAAAUCAACAAUACAAAAACAAUAAUAUAUAUAUCAUCUCACCAAUGUCUCCUACACAAAUAUAUGUUACACAACACUUGCGCUUCACAAUGAAGAAGUGCACAAAUAAAGAUAACCAUCCACUUUAAUCAACUAAACCCUCAGGAGUCACCUAAUUCCACAGUGUAAUGUGACAGUAACAGAGAAUCAAUACAUACACACAUUAGCUGCUGAACUUGUAAGAUGGUACGUAAUUCCCACUACUUGGCCAGUUGUUCACAAUGUCAUUCUUACAUCGUAUGAACUAUGAAAUCCAAUUACUGUUGCUGUUGUAGAGGAAACCCCGCCGUGUUUUGGUGGUGCAUAAUAGUAUGCAACUGUGCACUGACUAAGUACUGGUAAUUCACUCCUACUCAUCACACUUAGGCCGUAUGUGUAGAAUACCAAUAUACAAGUUGAAACUGUCAGAAGAAGGAAAUAAAAAGCUGUUCAUAGUACUUUACCUAUGAAAUACUGGUAAGCUGAUGGGUGCAAUAGUUCUUUUCAGAAACUAGGUCCUCACCUGCCAAGUCUGAAUGGCUGACAAUGAAUGCAAGUUAUCUUAUAUGCAGGAGUGAGUGUAAGGUAACUGAAGAUACCGUGUACGUAGUUGUAAUGUGCACAAAAUGGUUAAUGCAGAAACAAAACCAAUUUUUCAGUUUUUCAUAUAAAAGUAUUUGACACACAAUACUGGGCAAUCAAAGUAGAAAGUAUAUUUUGAUAAUGAAGCUAGUUUUGAUUUAUUUCGGCAGGAAUCUAUAACAUUUAAUACAUGUCGCUUUUUGAGACAGUAGUGGAUCCCUGUAUCUUGCUGACGAUUAUGGCCUGGAUUGGCACGCAAACGUCACUGACUGUAAAAAAUUAGUAUUGACAAGUACUGAUGUAUAGGUAGUGUUCAUCUUGCUAUCUUUACAUCUGCAUCACAGCUGUCCAAAUCAAAGUAAUACUGCAUCUUGAUCUAUACCAGCACUGAAUUUCCUGUACCAGUAGAGCCCUCGUAGGUAAUUUGCUGGCCUCAUUCAGCAGUAGUACUGGCAAGUGCCAAGGCUUCCAUCUUGUAGAGGAUGAACAAAGUAUACCAACAGAGCACAAUGCAGCUUCAAGUUCCCACUUAGCCUUCCAUCCUGGAAUAUAAAAUGUGUGGGAAAGCUCACCCCAUACUGAGCAGGCACAAUAUCCAAUGCAUUGAUGAAACCUUGUUUCUUUGAGGACUAUGUGAGAGAAGCGAGUAUUUUUUCUUGUUUACUAGCUGUAAAUCCCUAGUUAAGUUUUCUAGUUUAUCCUAGAAGUAAACUUAAA